AAAAAGUUGCUUGACCACCUUUGGGAUCUUCAAUUCUAGAGCGUCCAUCCCGCGACUUGCAAGACUUCACUUUCUUCGCUGUCUCUUUCUUUUGACGAAGUGUUUUGCACCUACACUUCCUACCAGGGGAAGUAACUUUGUCAAAAUGGCAUCGGAAACCAAGAAGGAGAAGGCGCCCAAGAGGGUCAACCUUUUGGACGACAGCGACUCGGACAACGAAGAUGGAGGGGCAGACAUCGCGGCGCCAACGCUGAAGGUCAACGAGGAGUUCGCCAGGCGCUUCGAGCACAACAAAAAGCGUGAGGAGAUGCACAGACUUGAGGAAAAGUUCAAGAAACCCGGCAACGGCAAGCAGGCCGACGACGACUCUGACGGCGACUCAUCCUCCUCGGACGAGACCGAAGAUGAAGACGGCUUCCUCGCGACGGAGGACCUGGACGCCCAGAUCUCCGCCACCCUCAACGCGAUCAAGAACAAGGACCCUCGCGUCCUCGACAGCAACUUUUCCUUCUUCCAGGAGGGUGGCGAGGUCACGCCCGCCAAGACGAAGAAGGAGAAGCCCAUGUUCCUCAAGGACUACCACCGUGAAAAGAUCCUGGCCGGCGGCGUCGGCGCCUCGGACGACGAGGACGACGACGCGCCCCCGCAGACGUACAACCAGGAGCAGGACGCCCUCAAGAAGUCCAUCAUCUCGGAGAUCAAUAGGGCAGCCGACGGCGGCGCCGACGACGAGGACUUUGUCAAGCGGAAACCGGGACAAAAAGUCGCCAAGAUGGAAGCAGACGGCCCCGCCGUCGACGGCGUGCACCCGGCCCGCGCAAAGCAGGUGAACAAGAAGACCAAGAAGCAAAUCACCGAAGAAGACAUCAAGAACGCCGACCGCGACCCGGAGCUCUUCCUCUCCAACUUCAUGGCCGCCCGCGCCUGGACCGAGGGAGGCGAACACAACUGGAAGGCCUUUGACUCGGACGACGGCGAGGGCGACGACGGCGAGCUCUACGACAAGUUCGAGGCGGCCUACAACCUCCGCUUCGAGGACCCGGACAAGUCCAACGCCGCGCUCAAGACGUACUCGCGUGAAAUUGUCAGCGCCCGCUCCGUUCGCAAAGAGGCCGCCACGUCGCGCCGCAAGCAGCGCGACGCCGAGAAGGAGAAGAAGGAGGCCGAGAAGGCGGAGCGCAAGGAAGAGAAGGCCAGGCUGCGCAAGCUUAAGCUCGAGGAGGCGGAGGAGAAGCUCAAGAAGAUUAAGCACGCUGCCGGGUUGCGGGGCGAGGAGCUCAAAGACGACGAGUGGCUGCGUUUCCUGAAUGAUGCGUGGGACGACGAUCGGUGGGAGAGCGAGAUGAAGCGCCGGUUCGGCGAGGAUUACUACGCCGAGGUCGAGGGCGUUGCUGCCGAGUCGGACGAUGAGGAGGAGGAGGACGAUGGCAAGAAGAAGAAGAGCAAGCCCAAGAAGCCCACGUGGGACGACGACAUUGACAUCAACGACAUCAUCCCCGACUUCAAGGACGACACGGAAAACCCCCAAAUCACACUCUCCGACGAUGAGGCCGGCGCAGCACCAGCACCAGCAGGCGACGAUGCCGCGGACUCUGGUUCAGACGACUCCGACUCCCGCCCCUCCAAAAAGCGCAAAACACAAAAAGACUUGAAAAAAGACCGCCUCACCGCCAAAAAAGCAUCCAAACUCCAACGCGCCAAACUCGAAGCCCUCGUCGACGCCAAAAUGGACAUCGACGCCGCCGCAGACUCCAUCCCCGGCUCCGCCUCCCUCCACAAAUCCGCCACCGAAGCCGCAGCCGCCAACGAAACCCCCGCCUUCCGCUACCGCGAAACAUCCCCGCAAGCCUUUGGCAUGACGGCGCGCGACAUCCUCCUCGCGCCCUCGGACGCGGCGCUCAACAGCUUCGCGGGCCUCAAGAAGCUGGCCACCUUCCGCGACCAGGAGAAGAAGCGCAAAGACAAGAAGAGGUUGGGCAAGAAGGCGAGACUUCGGCAGUGGCGGCGGGAGCAUUUCGGGGAGGAGUUUGAGAGGACGGGACCGACGUUCGGGUUGGAGGAUGUGGAGGUCAAGGAGAAGAAGGGGCGCAAGAGGGGUGCGAAGCGCGCUGCGCAGGAGAAGCGUGAUGGAGAAAAGGGAGAGGAGGAGGAUGUCGAGGAUGGUGGUGCUGCGCUUGAUGGUGGGAAGAAGCGGAAGAGGUCUAGGGGGAAGAAGAAGGCUGAUGAGGGCGUCGUCGCUGCGGAGGAGUAGAAAAUGAGAGAAGAAGAAGGAGAAGCUUAUAGUGUGACACGCUUUUCUUGUCAGUUGUUGUUUGCUUCGUUCGGGUACCAAAAAAAGUAGUUCAUUUAGACCUAAACGAUACCAUGUACAGGUUUUGGUUUUCCGGUUGUAAAAAAAAAGUCACUUUGUGAGGGAGUGAAAAAAAGAGACAUUCAAAAUAAUUGCAGAUAUUUCUUUCAUAUUU